AAGUUCAAAACAAGAAAAUUUGCAGUGUUGUGUUUUGCGAAAAGUGGAAGGAAAUCUGGAAUUUUGAUUAUUAAAAUCGAUUAAGCUGCGUUUUCAAGAUGCACGAGGCGUACAUUUUAUACCCGCCGGAGAAGAUUCCGGUGCAGAUUGAGUCCAUGACGGGAUUUGAAAACAAGCUGAUCCUCGGAACCCGGCAGGGCCACCUGCUGAUGUACUCCUUCGAGCCGAACCAGGAAACCAACAAGCUGGACCUGCAGCUGCUGCAGUACGACAAGAAUUUCAGCAAAAAGCCAAUCACCCAAAUCGAGGCCAUUCCGGAGUACAAACUCAUCUUCAGCCUGUCCGACGGGGUGGUCAACGUGCACGACUACAGCCGGCACGGCUUCCCGCUGAUGCACACGGCCCAGAAGACCAAGGGGGCGACCGUGUUUGCGCUGGAUAUUAAGAAGUCAAAAUCGCUAACGGGAGAACUGAUUGUGCUGGUUCGGUUGGCGGUCGCGGCGAAAAGGAAGCUGCAGUGCUACUACUGGAAGCAAAACACGCUGCUGGAGUUUGGCAACGACAUCGAUCUGAACGAUGUGCCAAAGACGAUCGCCUGGAACAACAACCACAUUUGCGUCGGCUUCAAGACUGAGUACGUGAUGUACGAUAUUUCAGGAGAGCAACCCAAAAAGAUUGACCUCUUCCCGACCAGCUCGUCCAAGUCGAUCGAACCCUGCAUUUCCCUGAUCGAGGACGACAUCUUUGCCGUGGCAAAGGACGAAUACCUGGUCACCGUUUACACGGAAAAGUACAAAACCGACGGCAAAGAGAACAACACCGGAUUGGUGAAGCCGGACGCAUCCCUGCUCACUACGAAGGACACCCGCAACCUAAAGUCCCUCAUCUGGAGCGAACCAUUCCAAGGGUUGGUGUGGGACGAGCCGUACAUCAUUGGGCUGAUAACCGACGCCAUCGAGGUGCGCGUGUUCGACAACCUGGACAUGUCCGACAAGGGACUGCUCAUUCAGACCAUUCCGCAGCUGCAGAAGGCUCGCUUUUUGGCACGUGGCAAGAAGGGUCUGCUGUAUGUGGCGUCGGUCUCGCACUUGUGGUGCAUUCAGGCCGUGGAGAUUUCCAAACAGCGCGAACAUUUGCUGCAGGAGGAGAACUUCCAUCUGGCACUGCAGCUGACGAACAUCUCCGACGAAAGCCCAGAAUUUAAAGCGACAAAGAUAAACGAAAUUCAAACCCGUCACGCGUACAACUUGUUCAUCAACAAGCACUUUCGCGAGUCGAUGAAGGAAUUCUCCAAACUGAACACGGAUCCGAUCGACGUUAUUCGGCUGUUUCCCGACCUGCUGCCGGACAGCGGAAAGAACAAGCUCAGUUCGUACUCGAAAAAGCCAGCGCCGGUGCUGGACGAAAAGGACAUUGAAAAUGGACUGGUUGCGCUGAUUGACUACUUGACCGAGAUCCGGUACAGUCUGCGGCAGGACUUGGUGAAUAAAACCGAUUCCAAACUUUCUGCUGGGAAGAACAUCUCUGCGCUGCUGUCAAUCAUCGAUACAACGCUUUUGAAGUGUUAUUUGCAAACGAGUGAUUCGAUGGUCGCCUCGGUUCUACGCAUGAACUAUUGCUACUUGGAGGAAUCCGAGCGAGUGUUGAAAAAGUACGAUAAAUACGUGGAACUCAUCAUCCUGUAUCAAACCAAAGGUCAGCACAAGCGAGCACUGCAGCUGCUGCAGGCUCAAGCUGAAACUCUUGGAUCUCCGCUGUACGGGCACGAUCGAACGAUUCAGUAUUUGCAGCAUUUAGGCCACGAAAACAAAAAUCUGAUUUACGAAUUCGCCGGUUGGGUGUUGGAGAAGCAUCCCGACGACGGGCUGAAAAUCUUUAUCGAAGACAUUCCCGAGGUUGAGAAUCUGCCGCGUGCGGAGGUGUUGGACUUCCUGCUGAAGGACCACAAACAGCUGGUUGUUCGCUAUCUGGAGCAUAUUAUUAACGUUUGGAACGAGCAGAAGGCGUUGUUCCACAACAUUUUGAUCCAGCAGUACCGGGAGAAGCUGAUUGCCCUCAAAACCGACCCCGAUAUUGAAAGUGACGUUCAAAAGAAAACCGCUCGGGAUACUAUCAACAGUAAACUGCUUGCUUUUCUGCGUAAAUCCAAGCUCUAUCACGCGGAGAAGGUUCUGGGAGAGUUUCCCUACACUGACCUGUUUGAAGCACGCGCCAUUAUUCUAGGUCGAUUGGGCAAACACGAAAAGGUUCUCGCCAUCUUCGUCCAACUGCUCGGCGACUUCGACAAGGCCGUUGAGUACUGCGACGAAACGUAUGACAGUGACGACCCCAAAAGCUCCGACGUGUACGUCACCCUCAUCAAAACCAUCCUCACACCCCCGAGCGCCCCGCCCUACAGCGACCUGGAGCUGCACCCGCGCUGCCUCAAACCCGACAUCGACACCGUCCUGGCCAUUAUGGAGAAGAACGCCAAAAAGAUCAACCCGUACUCCGUUCUGCAAAUCCUGCCGGACGACAUACCGCUGGCGUCGAUCAAGAACUUUCUCGAAAUCGCCCUCAACCAUCACCUGGAGCGGAAGCGCAAAACGCAGAUCCUGAAGGGACUGUACUACGCGGAACAUCUGCAGACGCACGAGCAGAAGAUCCACUACGAGUCGAGGCACUUUCUCGUGACCGAGCUGAGCGUGUGUCCGGUGUGCAAGAAGAAGUUUAGCUACCAGAGUGCGUUCGUGAGGACGCCGGAAGGCAGCAUUGUGCACUUUUCGUGCCAGGAUAAGAUUUGAAAUGGUUUCGUUGACAUGUAAGCGUAAUAUAAAUAAAGUGUAACUGAAAUAUAUUAAAGGAUCAUUCUA